GUUUUCAAUCAAAUCGCAUCAAUAUGGGAUUCAAUAACAAAUUUUUUGCUGUCUUUUUAAUUUUUGUUGCUUUGCAUAUUGAUUCAUCAAUAUCGACUGAAAGUAAUGAUUCAAAUGCAACUCAAGAUACAACAAUUUCACAAAAUUCAGAGCUUUCUUUUAAUAAUUCGGAUAUUGCACCAACUUUUAUUACAUCGCUCUUUGCAACCCAAAACAAAGAGUAUGAAUUCCAUCAUGAGCGUCAAUUUCGAAAAUAUCUCGGAUGCUAUCAGGACGAGGGUCACAAUCGGAUGUUCAAACAUUACACAGAUCUAGGAUAUCGAGCAACGAUAGAUAUUUGCAUUCACUAUUGUGCGGGCCUUGGAUACGUUUAUGCGGGGCUUCAAUGGCAUAACGAGUGUUUUUGUGGACAUAUGUUGCCGAAAUGGAGACCUUAUAGAAAAUUGGAUGACAAUUUGUGCAGUGAUGCGUGUAAAGGAGCACCAGAUGAAAUGUGCGGAGGACCUGGAAGAAAUAGUGUUUAUGAAACAGGCGUUGAAAUUUUUGUCAUUAAAUAUAACGGAGAAAAGGCAGAAAUGGAAAAGGAGAAUUUUUGGAGAUUUUAGAUUUUUCCUUAAUUUUUUUUUAUUUUUAAUCAAAAUGUAAUUUUUUAAGAAAAAUUAAAUAAUUUUUAAAAUAAAAUGCGCUCAAGUCGUAAAAAAUUCUCAUUCGAUAAAAAUUUCACACACACAAUCAAACAACAAAAAAAAAAAUGAAAAAUCCCGUUUUACUGAUAAAAACACAUCCAAUUUUGAGACAUUCCGUCGCCAACUGUCUUUGAAGGUGUUUCUGCUUUAAUUUGUGUCCCUAUUUUUAAUUAAUUAAAAAAUCGAAGAGUGCAGUUAAAUUAAAUUUUUAAUUAAAACAAAUAAAAGAAUGCGUAUUAUUUUACGCAAAAUACAAAAAAAAUGAAUAAAAAGAUAUUUUUGUUGAUUUUCUGUUGUGUUUUUUGCUUUGAAGCACGUGGUCAGCUUUUUCCAAAAUUAAAGCCUGUAUCUCCCGCAAAAGGACCUAAAGCGAGUGAUCCUAUACUAAAAAAUGAUAAACCUCAUAUUGUAUUGCCGGACCAUCUAAAAGACAAAGAAGAUGACGAUUUUGAGGCUAUGAAACAAAAAAUUAGUGAAGGUUUCGGUCUAAAAAUUGGUCAGGGAAGCUACGAUGAAGCUGCUGAUCUGCGAACGCAAAUCCAGGUUGCUCAAAAAACAAAACCCAACAAAGCGAAUUUGGAUGUUUUAGGCGGAAGUAAAGUAAAGUCAUCCAGCGGCAGCGUUGCAAGCCUUUUCGACGAUCCAAGUUUGUCUUCUGUGCAUCUUGAGUCGGUUGCCUCGCAUCCCGUCGUUCUGCCAGAUCAUUUGAAGGAACCAGAAGAGCCGAAAAACCCAUCGCAAGGCGAACAUUUGAACAUUGACCAAAAAAGUUUCAUGGAAACAGCAAUAAUUCGCGAUAAAAUCAAGGAAGCGCAGGAAACUGACACGUACGCUCACACUGCAACCGAUUUGGGAGGCAGUCAAUCACUUUACGAUUCGCCAUUUUCACUUGGAGCGACAAAAAGUAACGAAACCACGUCAAAAACUUCGAGUUUUUCCGACAAAAAACUUUUGUUGAACAAAAAUAUCUUCACGAACCGCGAAUUUUACGGCGCAAAUGGCGAAUUGCUCAAACACGAGGCACUUUUCAACAAAUCCAAGAACAUCUGGCACGGCAAAGUCGGGCACGGGCAACAUUUACGCGAUCAAUUGGCCCUGACGCAAGUUGCGGUGAACGUGAAUUUCAUCAUUGGCGAAGGUGCCGACAUUGAAAUGUGGAAAGCGUUUCGAAAAUUCAGCAAUAAACAUGCCUUGACGCUAAUUGCGAUGACAAACAAUGGACUUUUGCUGGUACAGGAGCAAAAUGGGCAGUUUGAGGUGUUGCAACACCUGGAAAUGCAAGUUCAAACCAUUUAUGCGGAAGUUUUUGAAAAGUGGGAUGACACAACGAGCUCAUGGUUGGGCGUUGUGAUUGUCUCGACACCCACGGAAAUUGUCUGGUACGAGUCAAAGGGGGAACACACCAAGUUGGAGGAAGUUUGGCGAUGGAAUGUGCACAAAAAAAUGCUGCAAGUGAAGUAUUUUCGGCAUAAAAACACGGAUUUGGUACUUUUGGUGAACGAUGCGACUCCGUCGUCGGCGGAUAUUUACGAAUUUGAUUAUUUUUCGAAGAGUUUUUGGAUUGCGCAAGUCAUUCCGCUCGAUUUUCCAAGCACUUCUGUGGGGAUUUUGCGGUAUGGCGACGGAUUUCUCAUUUGUCUCCCGCAAAAAGAUGACGUUCGAGUGUAUGAAUAUCAAAAAACGACCUUUGAUCAUGGCAGAUUGAUUUUUAAGGAGUCGGUUGAAGCUCCGAAUGUCACUAUGGUAGCGGGAUUUACGGUUGGAGGAUAUACUUAUCUCGCGAUCGGCGGUUCUUCGUCACGAAUUUUGAUGUUUACAGGCGAUGCGGGUUUCGUCGAGCAAAAAAUCGUCGGAGAUCAACUCACGAACGUCGUUUUUUGGUUCCCAAUUCACGUUCAAACGUAUCGCGAUGACUUAUUGCUGCUCGCGUUGAGAGAAACAGAGUACCACACACACACCACGUUAGAUAUCAAAGGCGUUGUUUGGAAUUUAGACUCAUUUCGGGUGACUCCGAACAUUCCGUGCUACGACGACGAAGAAGAUCUCACGAAAGGCCUCACGUGCAUCUUGGAUCCGUAUCGCAAAGAAGGUUUAUGGGGCAGUGGCUUCGUUCAACAUCACAAUCACCUGACUUUGGUCAUUCCGCAGAACGAGGCGCCAUCCGCUCUGUACGAUUUGUACUACGAAAUUGUUCCGGCGCCCGAUCCCGUCAUCGAGGAACUCGAAAAAAUCGAAGAAACGUACGAAUUGUUGGCUGACAUCGUCGAACAUCAAGAUCGCGUCGUCGAAUUUGCCCUUGAGACGAUCAAAAAUGCGCUGAAUGUCGAAGCAGAAGUAAAUUACGUCACGGAAAAAUGGGAAUUUGCCCAUUUGGGAGCACAAAAAGUCGAAUUAACGGAAAAUGUCGCGUGGAAAAACGAUCAAAUCCUCUUCGGCACGAAGCCAUGGACGAGUCUCGAUCAAAAACGUGACUUGACAACGCUCGAGGAAUUUUUGGCGAAGAGCGAGGCGGAAGUAGAGCUCGUCACAUCGGAAAUUUCGUACAACAGACCUCUUCGGUACUCCGACAGUCCAUUUUAUCCCAUAAACGCUGUCAAUAACGGGCAAUUCCGCAUCGAAACUUUGAAUGUUUUGCCCACGGAAUUUGAGGAAAAAAAUUCUUACGACGACUUGAAUCGCGAAAAACGUCAUUUGGUGGUUGCGGGUCCCGUGGAAUUUGAAACGCUCGAAGUGCAAGAGUUGCAAGUUGAAAAUAUCAACGGAAUUCGUGCGAGUGACAUAAUUUUCGGGGAUGAUCCAGUAAUUGAGCUGAAUGGGCCUGUAACGUUCGAAAAUGUCGUGUCUGUGGAGCAAUUUUUGCUCGGAAACGAAGGAAAAGUCAAUGGAAUCGAUCUUGAUCGAGAUUUGGUUCACUUUACGAAUCCCGUUGGAAUUAAAAAUCCUCUGAAAUUCGAGUUUCUUGAAGCAAUUGACGGCGUUGAUGCGAUGGAAAUCAAUCCAAAAACGGAAGAAGUGGGAAAUCCUCACACGGAAGACAGUCCCAAAGUACUGGAAGUGCAAAAAUUAGAGGUUAAUGGAAAUUUAAACGCAAAAAUUGUCAACAAUUUGGAUUGGAAUGAAUUUGUUUCGAGUGUUGUUCCGAGAAAUUUACCCACGAAUAUGCCGCAAUUGACUGUUAAUGGGACUGUAUUUGUGGAUCACUCGAAUUUAGACGUCGUUCACUUAAAUCAACUGAACUUUGUAAAUGAUUUGGUUUUUGGCUCCUCGCAGGACAGUUACGUGCAGAUUUCGGGCAAGAAAAGUUUCAAUAGUGGAUUGUUUGCUCAACAAAUUGACUGCGAAACCUUGGAUGGAAUUGUCACAACGGAAGUCAUCACAUUGGGCGAUUACCAAAAAAUUCCCGGAAGAUCUGUUUUCAGCAGUCUUGAAGUUUCAGACGACUUAGAAGUCAACGGCAAAAUCCAAGGCGAAAAACUAGACGACUUUGAGGAAAAUCUCACGUUAGAACAAUCUCGUGUCGUCGAUGCCUCCACAAUUUUCGUCAAUUUACGCGUUGAGGGACCCAUCAAAAUUCGCGAUACCUUCAACGACAAAACCAUCGACGAGGCAUUGGGAAAUGUGAUUUACACUGAUAACGGAACUGUCGUCGUCAACUCGUACAAACACUUCAAAAAAUGCGAUUUCGAGGAAGGCAUCAACAUUAGAUCGGGUCUCGUGAACGAAAUUGACACGAAAAACAUUGUCACGAAGAGCACGGAGCAAUAUUUGAGUUUGAACCAUUUGACGGGCGACGUUCUCUUCCAAAACUUGGAUCUCGAUGGAUUAUUCGACUUUGUGAAUGCCACGGAACUCGAUAUGAACACCGUAAAAUUGCAUGGCGAUCAAUAUUCCGAAGUUUCGAUGUCCGUAAGAAAUCCCGUGCAUGCCAAAUCUCUCAAAAUCGAAAAAAAUUUGAACGGGUAUGCCUUGAACGACUAUCAUCGUGUCACGGAAGAGCUUCAUUUGGCUGGCAAAGUGAGUUUUAACGAACUUUUGAUCGAUCAGGCGAACGUUGCAGGCGGAAUUCACACGAACGGCUUGUUAAACGGCGUAAAUUUGAAGAUUUUUGACGAAACGCGUCUCUCUUUGACACGCCCGCAGCACAUUACAGCUCCAGCCCACUUGAAAUAUGUCACGAUUCAUGGAAAUUUGAGGAACGAAUUGAUAAAUCAGGUGUCGACGACGUCAUUUUCGAAUAAUGUGUUGAAAGCGCAGUCCGUGCGGAACCUCAUGUACUCCGGAGAGAUCCUAAUUGACAAUUUGUAUGUCGAUAAUAACGUUGCAAUUAACCGUUUGAAUGGCGUUGACCUCAAUCACUUGCUCGAAAACGUCGUUUGGCUCGAUAGGCCUUGUGUGAUCUACGGCGACAUGAAAUUUCUCGAUGGUUUAGAGGUUCACGGGAACGUCAGUUACAACUCCCUGCUCAAUGGACAUCAUUUCGAGAGCUUUUUAGGCGAUUUGGUGCUAAAAAAUCAAGAAAUUCUGUACUGGAAGGGACAUAAAGGCUUCUCAAAUGGAUUUUCAGUGACGUCAAAUAUCGAUACGGAGUACAUUAACGACGUAAAUGUCCAAAAUAUCCUCCGGAGAGACGGAAGUGUUGCAUGUCAAGGUCAUUUGAAUGUCAUGGGACAUGUUGAUGUUCGUCAUUUGGAUGUUAAAGGCACUUUAAAUAAUAAUUCCGUGCAUGAUCUUGCCUCGAAAUACGAUUUUGAUAGCAAAACCGAUCGUCAUGUCAUCAAAAAAGACGCAAAUUUGCAUGAAAGUUGCACAAUUAAUGAUUUGGUCGUUAAUGGACCCUUUAAUUCGAUGCGAGAUAUCACGAGUUACCUCAAUUCCAUUGUCAGGGACGACAAAAGUUACAAUAUUUCCGGAAGAAAAACAUUCCUGAAUCUCGGAUUGUUCGAUCAAGGCGUCGAAAUUUACGAAUUGAAUAAUUUACCGUUGACAGAAUUCCUUAAAGACAUCGUUCUGGUGAAUGCAGCAGAGAAAAAUGUCAUCAACAGCCUCGUUUCGUUCCAUGAACCGGUAUUUGCGCCAACGAUUCACGUGGAAAAUGACAUUGCGACGCAUAAUAUCGCGGAUUGCAGUCCACAGGAAUGGGUUUACAACGGGAUUUUAGUCAAUGAGCACGAAAGUAUCAUGACUUCUCUUCAUUUCAAUUCCGAAAAUUUGGUGACGCCAGGCAUGUUUACGGUGAAUUUGAAUGGAAAACCAGUAGAUGAUGUCGUAACAUUGCAUUCGGCGCAACAUUUUUCCUUGCCAUUGGCGAUCAAUGAACUCUAUUUGACUGGAUCAAUUGAUGUUGGAGGACUCGUUAAUGGCGUAAAAUUACCUUUGGAGAUGGAAAAUACGUUAAAAAUUUAUGGAGGACAACAACACAUAGCAGCCUACAGCACAUCAUUCGCUUCAUUGCGUGUUCUCCAAGACCUCACAGUUGAACACCUAAACGGCUAUCCAACAAGCAACAUCGCCUUUUUAAACGAAGAUCUCUAUUUCGACUCACCUUUAGAGUUCAAAUCACUCGAAGUGUCUUCAUUAAAUACCAUCGAUCACAUUUCCGGCGUCGAUUUCAACUAUUGGUGCGAUCACAGUCUCGUCACGGGCCCACUAAAUGCUCCUCAAAAAGUUUUCAAGAACUGGACUAUCGACAAUUUGUAUCUUGAGUCACCGAUGAGUGGCAAUGGCUUACUAAAUCACGUCAAAAUGGACGAAAUUGUGCAAAAAAUCGCAAGCAGCAAGAAUCAAACAGACGAAAACAUCGUCGGAGUAGCUCGAGAAUAUCAAGAUGUGUGUCACAACAUCCAAGCAAUGUCGGAAAACGCUCGCACUGGCAUCUAUUUCUUCAAAUAUUUCGAGCAAAAGUUCGAGUUGCGACCUUUGACGCGGGGAAAACUGCAUAACUCGCAUCACUUUUCCGUUGGAAAUGCACAAUUUGUGCUUUUGAACAUCGAUUGCAUGAGCGAAAUUUAUCAGUGGAAUCUCGCGGAGCAGAAAUUCGUUCGUUUUGAUGAAAAUUUGCACACGGGAUACGUUUCUGAGGUUUUGGUAUUGAAAAAUGACUCGUUAUUGAUCCUUGCGACGCCAAAAGACGGAUGUGAAGCGGAAGGAGUUUCUUUAUUGAAAUUUGUUUCGUUGGGAGAAUUAACUUUAGUCCAAAAUUUGAAGGAAAAAAUCCAAAAUUUGCAUAAAAAAUCGCAAAAUAACGCAUUUUUCUAUGGAUUAUUGGACAACAGCAAGGUUGUUGAGUACAACGAGGGUCUCCAGCAGGUCGAGGAAUGGCUUUUACCGGAAACUGUCACCGAAUAUCGCUUUUUGCCGCAUGAAUUGGGUAUCGGACUGGCACUUUCCGAUGGAAGAACCGUCGUUUCGUUGUCUUCCAUGCAAAAUGGGGCAAGAUUUAGACGUCAAACUGAUGAAAAUCAGGAAAAAUUGAAGUUUUCUCACGUUUUACGAGCAAAAGCAGCUGAAGAUUUGCUUCAAACGACGUCUUUACCUUUCGAUGAAGGCAAUCCAGAUAGAAGUCCUGCUUGGAAAUACCUUCACAAUGAAGCGGAUGUCGUAAAAGUCAAUCUUGAGCAACACAAACAUCAGAAUUUGCCUCAUUUGAAGUCGCAAGAUGAACAAUUUUACGAAAAUUUAUUGAGAAAAGCCGUUUCUGAUGUCAACCGAAAAUUUUCUGACUUGAAAGAAAAAAUUGUAGCGUCUCCUAAAAGUGAUUUUUCGUCUAAAAAUGAAAAUUUAGAGCCUUUUAAAGAUUCCUCGGACGAUGAUCAAGUCUCGUACAGCAAAGAACGCGCCGGAGCUGAACUUCAUGAACGCGGAAAAACGUACUCUGAAGAAAUUGACCUCGGGGAUCACUUCAAAUCGACUUUGAGUGAAUGGAAAGAAGCCUCUAACGUGCUCAAAGGAGUCCUUCUCACCACUUUGAAGAUGGUUGAUAAGAUCGAUGACCUCGUAGGUGACUCACAGAACGCUUCAAGUCCUCAAGAAAGCCUUUCUACCGAAGACGAGACUCAACUUUCAAGCAAUUUACGUGAAUUUGUCUCGAAAUGGAAUCAAAAACCUCAAGAAACGACCACGAAAAAUGCUGAUGACGACUUUGUGAGUCAGGAAAACGAUUUAAAAGGGAUUAUCCAACAACAACUUCCGAAUUUUAAGAACUCAGAAGACAGGGAAUUCAGUGAAAGCAUCAGAAAUUUAGUCUCAAAGUGGAAUAAAAAAGUUGCGGAAUUAAAAACUGCCCUGAAUGUCGAACCAAUCGUCGCUCAAACGCAAAUUCUCGAGGAUUUGGUACAAAAAGAGCUGCCAAAAUUGACUUCUGCAAUGAAAAAUAAUGAAAAAAUUAGUUCUUUGGUGAAUGAUUGGAACGAAAAAGCAACUUCUUUAAAAGACGCAAUCAAUUCGUCGCGAGUCAAGGACGAGUUUGAACCAUUUUUGACGCAAAUGAACGAAUUAAAGCCUUUUGUGGACAAACUUGCGUCACUUCCAUCAUCGGAGGAACGAGAAUUUGCCGAACAACUUCUUUCAGCAGUGGCAAAAUGGAACGAAGUCACAUACAAAGUCAAUAAUAUCUUGAAAAAUCCGAAAAAAUAUCUCGAGGAACAAGGAAAAGUCGAUGCCAGAACGAAAUUGAUGAAGAUCCAUCAGACGGAAGAGACAAAAGUUGCAGUAACGCAAGAAUCAACGACUUUGAGCCCAAAAUUCGAUAAAGACAUGCAAGAACAACUUUCAAAAUGGAAUCAAUUUGCACAAAAAUUACCUGAAAAAGUCACAAAACUGCCAAAAAUACCGGAAAUUGAUGAAAAAUCGACCGAAGAACCGUCAUUACAAGCCACAGAAAGUCUUUUAACGACAAAAACUGAAGAAGCAACUCUCGCAGCUACGGAAAAUCUUGAAACAACUCAAGAUCCAACACUGUCGAUUACGGAACUCACAACUUCUGUCACUACCGAAGAGCCAAAACUCGCAAUAACUGAGGCGCAAACCACAAAAUCUCCUGUUCUCGUCACAAAAUUGCCGCCAAAGGAUCAAAAACCCGCUUUUUCGCGCCCGGAUGACGUCCAGAUGAUGCCUGACUUGAAAAAAACUCUUUUUGUUGAGCAAGAAGAUUCGUUCGCGACGACUUCUGCACCGGAUAAUCGCUUUUUCAUGAGGGAAACUACGCCAGCGAAUGUUGAUUCACGCGAUUCGACAACCGAACCGACUGUCGCUCAAGCAAUGAACGUCGGUGGCGUUCAAUUAAUGGAAAAUUUCUUCUUGCCGGCGAAGAAAAAGGGAGAAAUUGUGUUGUUAAAUGUCGGAAUUGAAGGUCAACAAAGGAAAUUGAUUGCUGUGUCGUCAGUUGUUAAUCGUCGAAGUACUAUUCCAACGCAACAUGGCGUGAUUCAGAUCUACGAAGACAUUUUCGAAGGAAAACUUUUCCAAUCGAUCCCGUGCUACCAACCCUCGGGACUCUCGGUGAUCCAUAUGAGAGACGAAACUUUAUUGACGUUCCUUGAGGGAAAUUCGGGCGUUCGUGUCUACGCUUAUCGCGGAAUUCAAGGAUUUGUUCAGCUUUCCAACUUUAAUUUGCCCAAAGUCGCUCACAGCAUGCAACACGUGAAGUUGCAUCAAGAAGUCGAUCAAGUUCAUGAGUGUGCGAAAGAUUUCCUUGCAGUUACUACCGAAUCUGACGUUCUUUUCUAUCAAGCAAAAACUGAACCGGAAAGUACUUGUGUGGUAAAAGCGAGUUUCAAAUGUGAUUAAAUCGAUAUUUAUUAGAAAAAUAUUUGAAAAAAUUUAAAAUAAGGCAGAAAAUGUAAAAAUUAUACAUUAGAAAAAAUAUUUUUUUAAACGAAAUUUCAUGUAAAAAAAUUGUGAAAAUUGAUGUUUCAUGUUGAAAAUAAAAAUUAAUAUUUAUUGAAUG